GAAUGCCUCCCAAUACCCCCAGGAACACCUCGAACUGUUGAACAACAAUUAAUAGGAAAUAUCUCUGAAGAACAAUUAAUUACUAGUGGAAAUUCUGAACAAAAUAUUUGUCAACAAAAUAAUUCAUUACCUCCUUCCUCUUCAUUUUCCUUUGGUUCUUCUUCAUCAGCAACUGGAGUUUCUUUAAUUUCAAAAGCUCUGAGUUUAAGAAAUUUAUCAACAACUAAUUAUGGGACUGAAGGGAUAAUUACUCCAAUAAAUAUUUCUAAUUUAUCUUGUGAUAAAAGAAUUGCUAAUAGUGAUUCUAAUGAAAAUAUGGAUAUAAAUUCACCAAAACGUGCCCAUUCUCUCGAAGGAAAUUUAACUAACACAACAGCUCCAAAUACCCCAAUGGAAGAUAUAAUAAUAGCUGACCAAACACCCCCAAGUCAACAACAACAACAAAUAACAACAUCAGAUUCCCCUUUUAGACCUUUAUGUUCUUCAAAUCGUUCUGGACAAAUGAAUUUAUCUACACAAUCUUUGGCUGCAUUAUUUCCAUCUUCUAUUGGUUCUGGAGAAGAUUAUUCUAAAGGAGGGGGAAUUGAGAGGGGAAUAAUUAAUAAUAAUAACAACAAUGAAAAUACUACAACUCCGGCUAAUACUUAUUAUGGAUCUUCUAUGUCACUAAAUGCUCUCAAUUUGGGUUUCCUUGGUACUGGAAUGACUACAAACAACAACAAUAAUACUAACACUAAUAACAACUACGGCUUUCAACAACAACAAACACAACAAUUUGUCCAACCUCGUUUUGACCAACAACAAUUUGGAAUGUUUGGACAACAACAAACAAACACACCAGAUAAUACAAACAUUCAACAACAACAACAAAACCUCCUUUUGACUUUGUUGUUAAAUCAAAUAAUUGGCUCUCAACAACAAAUGCAGACUCCUCUACCUCCACAACUUGACCCUUCUCUCAACCUUUUACUUGGACAAUUAACAUCAACAUCAAGCUCAACUUCUGGAGGUCAAUUAAAUCAAUUAAUUUCAUUAAUUCAACAACAACAACAAUCUUCCACUAAUUCCCCUUCAUUUUCUUCACCUAAUUUAUUAAUUCCUUUACUCGAAUUAAUUGCUCAAUCCCAACAACAACAACAACAACAAACAUCUAAUAAUAAUAAUAUUCAAUUGCCUUCAUUACAACAACAAAUACCUAUUUUUGGACAACAAACAACAAUUCCUUCAACAACGGGGAGUGGAGAAAAUUUUGGAUUAAAUAAUAAAUUUAGUUUUUCUGAUACUUUUAGUGAAGGUCUUCGUUUGGGAUUAGAUCCAUUAAAUAAUCCCCAACAACAACACCAAAGACAACCUCCAUUACCAACACCAAGUGUUACUUGUUUACCAAAUAAUUCUUCUUCCUCUUCUUCUACUCCACCUGAACGUAUAACAGAAACUUUAUGUUUAGCAUCAGAUUCUCGUCAUCGUUUAUAUGACCCACAAUUUCAACAAUUUUUGGGGAUUGUUAGAGAACUAGAAAGGCAUAUGUUUGGGGGAAAUACAGCAAAUAUUCAAACAAGUUCUGGAAAUUUUCCAACAAACAUAACACAAAAUAAUGAUGAUAAUGCUACACAAAAUGAAGUUAUUCAGCAAAGAAAGCCAUCAACUCCAUCGUCUUUUAUUUUUUAA